AUGAUGAUGAUGACUAUAACGACAGCAACAACACCAAGAACAACACCAUCGUGUUUAGCGCAAGGACAGAACAAAAACAAGUAUCGCGGUCCGAAACCAUCUGAUGAUUCCAUUUUGGAUAACGACGGCAAAAACAUCAACACGUCCUCUCGUCGUCCUCGAAAUCGUCGCGAACAGCUCCUCACCUUGACCGCCACCGUCCUCCUCUCCGUUUCGAGAACUCAACCAUCUCACGCGUUCGGCAACGGUUUCCCCGGGUACGACGUCAACGAGAAAGCGAGAAACCUGCAACGCGAUGCGAUUAAAAACGAGCUCAACGAACAAAAGCGGUUAGCGAGAGAGGAGAAGCAAAAGAGGCGACGAGAGAAAUGCGCGAACGGCGAGACAGAAUUCUGCGACGACGAGGAGAGCAGCGGGUCGUAG